CAGUUCAGAACAAGAUCUGUGUGCAUUUAUCCUAGGCAUGCUUUGAGACCCAGAAGGGGAUGCAAGUAGUCAAUGUGCAACGGGAAUCUUAACUUCAGACACUAAUCUGCACCUCUCUAUUGACCUUGCUGAUAUGCUGCAAGCUAAUUAUUAAACUUUUUUUUUUUUUUUUUUUUUUUUUUUUUUUUUCCAUUUGGAUUAAUUUAAGUCCAGCCUGGGGAGAAGAAACAGUUAAGGAAAUGUCUCAAGUAGACUUGCAUUCAUCUAAUCAGACUUUGUGUGCAUCUACAAAUGGUACAGAACUUAAAUCAAUCAUUGAUAAUGAAACCACAAAUGAAAAAUGGACUGAAGACUCCUUUCCAGGAUUAGAAAUACUGUGCACAAUUUAUGUUACAUAUGCUGUGAUCAUUUCAGUGGGUCUCCUUGGAAAUGCUAUACUCAUCAAAGUCUUUUUCAAGAUUAAAUCAAUGCAGACGGUUCCAAACAUCUUCAUCACCAGCCUGGCAUUUGGAGACCUACUGCUUUUAUUAACUUGUGUGCCUGUAGAUGCAACACGUUACAUUGUGGAUACCUGGCUCUUCGGAAGAAUUGGGUGCAAGCUGCUGUCUUUCAUCCAGUUAACCUCAGUUGGAGUAUCAGUGUUCACACUGACUGUUCUCAGUGCUGACAGGUACAGAGCCAUUGUUAAGCCCUUGGAACUGCAGACCUCAGACGCGCUCCUGAAGACCUGCUGUAAAGCUGGCUCUGUCUGGAUUGUCUCCAUGAUAUUUGCUAUUCCAGAGGCCGUUUUUUCAGAUCUGUAUUCUUUCAGCAACCCGGAGAAAAAUGUAACUUUUGAGGCAUGUGCCCCCUAUCCUGUAUCUGAGAAAAUACUGCAGGAAGCUCACUCCCUGGUUUGCUUCUUAGUGUUCUACAUUGUGCCAUUAUCUGUCAUUUCUGUCUAUUAUUUUCUCAUUGCCAGAACUUUAUAUAAAAGUACAUUCAACAUGCCAGCAGAAGAACACGGUCACGCCCGUAAGCAGAUUGAAUCCCGCAAGAGAGUUGCAAAAACAGUGCUGGUGCUUGUUGCUUUGUUUGCCUUUUGCUGGUUGCCUAACCACAUCCUCUACCUAUACCGCUCCUUUACAUACCAUUCUUCUGUAGAUGCUUCCACCUUUCAUCUGAUAGCUACUAUUUUUUCCCGUGCGUUGGCCUUCAGCAAUUCUUGUGUCAAUCCUUUUGCUCUUUAUUGGCUGAGUAAAAGUUUCCGGCAACAUUUUAAAAAGCAAGUUUCAUGCUGCAAGGCAAAACUUCGUACAAAGCCUCCCAGUGCUACCCAAACUAAUUCACCUACCAGAGCCCUGUCAGUCACAGGCAGCACACACGGCUCAGAAAUCAGUGUUACACUGCUAACAGAUUACAGUAUCACAAAAGAAGAGGAAAGUGUUUAGUCCAUCUGUGAUGAAGAAGGACAGAAACUGACAGUUUGCAGUUGAGUCACUACUGUCUGCAUCAUGGAGAAAUGCCAUGCCCUGGCCUGCCUCUGAAAGGAUUUUCAACAGGAGUUCCUAAUUUUUUAAAGCAUACAACAAAGAAAUCAAAGUGUGUGGCAGAUGAAGAAAAAGCAGCUGAAAUUUUCAGCGUAGGCUCAAGGGAGUUGUUCAUUUGCCCAAGCAUCAACACGCACCCUUAGCGGAGAUUCUUGUGCUGAGCAGGACCAGAGCCAGCAAAGUUGCUGUGAGAACUGGCUGUGGGGAUUGUUUUGUUCUUGGUGACCUGAGACUGGGAGCUCCCUUCUGCCAAGUACUUCCAUCUAAAGCAAGCAAGUAAAACCAUGCAUCUUGAUAAAGCCAUCAACCUGUCAGAUUUUUAUUUAUUUUCUUGUCCCAGAUGUUGAAAAUGAGUAAAUGCAUUGGGAAGCAAGUUCAAAUGGAAAAAAAAAGAAAAAGAAAAAAGAAAAAAAAAAAAAAAGUAAUUAUGAGCCAGAUCGAUGCUACCCUUUGCUCUGCCAGUGACUUUGAAAUUUGGGGUAAGAGCUGAUUGCAGUUUAAAGUGAUGCUCUUCUCACAUCCUGAGAAGGUCAAGGGAUCCAGUAGGUGAUCAUCUCUCUUAAGCUGUGAUAAUCAUCUUUAGCCACAUUUGUAAAGUUGUUUGUGAUCUAUGGAUAUGUCUCAUGAGCAGAAUUAUUCACUGUUAUAAUGAUUUUACAUCAAGCAAUUGUGUUGGAUCUGUAUGAGAGUUGUAGUUUGGAUUUGCAGUGCCCUUCUGAAGCAAACUGCUCAGACAACCCUACCUGUCUUACCUUGGUCUUCCUCCCAGAGUGCACAACCUGCCUUUCUUUCAGAUAAAACUGUGUUCAGUCCAUGGAACCAGACUGGAGCUGGAGUGAAGUAGAGCCCCCAAAAGUGUGGAGUGUGGGUGUCAGGCUAACCAUUUCCCUAUACAGAUCCACUGCACCUGUAGGCUAUUGCUUGAUAGUGUGGUCAUUUCUAAAUCAUCCGCACAUCUACAAACAUGCUGGGAGAGCUGGAUUUUUCUAUUGUACCAGCCUUCUAUAAUUGAGUUAUUCAAGUAGCAUUCCUAUUUUUUUUAAAUAAUGAUAGACUGUCUUUAUGAGAUUGGCCUUUUAAUCUCAAAUCCACUGAUUUUGAUGACUCUGCAUGUGUAAACAAGUCAGCUAUAGCCUAUUAUGGGCAGCCUGUUUAUGCCUAACUGUCUUCCUAUCGGGAAAUACAAUAAGCAAAUCUUCGACAUUACCAAAAUGUUGAAUGAAACCUAUUUUUAUUAGGCUUGUGUACCCUGAACCAAAAUUUUGUUCUGUGGGAGUUGGUGUUAAAAAUCCACAAUAGAUUUUCUAUUGCUUAAAAUAAGGGACUUCUUUCUCAAAAAAAGAAGUUGUGCAUUGAAUUAUUGAAGAGAGGUUGCAACAUAUGAAUUAUACAAACUGCUGCUGCCAGUCACAGAAGUUUGAAUUUUAUUUCUUAUUUGAAAGACUAACUAACCCUUGAAGACAUAACACUCCUCCAGUUGCACAGAGCCCUUAACAACACAUGGACGGAAAUCCAUCCAUCCGUGCACUGUUAUUUGAUUUCAUUAUAAGAUGCAGAAAAUCUGUUUGCAGUCUCUCUCUUCUGACUGUCCUAAUCAGAAUAAUACAACUGAUCUAUAAAUCCCAAAGGCAUUGGAAUACAACCUCUGUAGUCAUCUUAAACCAGUUUAAUGAUAACCCAUUUUAAUCUCAUCAGGCCUGGCCUUAUUUUACCACGCUCUUCAUGUUAUUUCCUGCAAGGCUGUAAGCACUAAUUUUCAAAUGGUUUCUCCAUUUUAUUGUACCAAUUGUAUACCAGGAUAGGAUCAUUGAAGUAAAUAGAAAUAUAACAGCACAGAAAUGCAAUUUAUGGCAAAGCAGACUCCAGAGACCUCAUCUUACUCUCUUUGUCUUAAUAGAACACAUUCCCUGGCACUGAGCAAUGUAAAAAUACAAGACAUUACACUGAUACUUUUCCCUUCUCGUUCUCUUUAAUGGAGCUGCAGGGUGAGACUGAAAUGGGCAAAUAAGCCUACACACUUAAGACCCUACUUUUCUUUUCCUAGAUCUUACUAUAGGGAUUCUAUAUAAAAUAAAGAUCAACAAACAUUAUAGUCCCUUACAACACUUUCUAUUUUAGUUUAUUGAAACUUUUAGAAAAUAAAUCUGUCAUGUUUCUGGACUUCACAAUUUGUCUCUGCUGGAGGGCACAUUUAUCACUACAAAGUCCUUGGCGAUACCUCAAAUAAGCCCUUAAAAAUCACAGUUUCCUAAUUCACCAUUUUCUUUGCUUUGCAUGCAGCUACUUUCUGCUUGUGUAACUACUCCUCCAACUGGAUGGUCUAUCUAUUGCUAAUAUAUUGUAUUAGAAAUGUGAUAUUUUUUGCUAUAUGCUACACAUAUUUUGGUUAAAGACUGGCAAUAUUUCACGUCAUAAAUUAACUGUUCUAUGUUAAUAAUUCUAUAUUUACAAAUCUUCACGAAAUGUUGAAUUGGGGUGAUAUAUUGGUCAACAUUUAUUUUUAUCUAAAUAAUCUGAUGUUACUCAUUCCAUCUAUUCAUCCAAUAUAACUAUCCAUAAAAUGUCUCCAUGUUACCAUAACUGGAUUUAGGAGAAAGGAAUUGUUUCUUUUGGUACCUUUUCUCAGUGUUAAAAACAGUUCUUUCAGCCCUAGGUAAUAUACAUGUAAUUCUAUUUAAAAAAAUGGGAAUAAUGUUUAUUUACAGAAAUAUUGAAUGUCAUUUAGCAAAGAAUUGGCAUGAGGAAUUAGCAUUCUACUAUUUAUAUCCACAAUGAAAGAAUAUGUAGAAGAAAGGUACAAAAUACUGAAAGACAAGACUCUAUCAAAGGACUUGUUCAUGUGGAAUUUUAUUGGGUAAGUAAAUACUAUUUUUAAGAUGUGCCUUUUUAUAGUUUAUUUUGUGAAUAUGUUCAUGCUGCCAGCUUUAAUAGAUAUAGAUGUAAGAAAUAAUGUUUGAGUCAGUAACAGGUUCAGUAUUGGUGCUCUGAUUUGCACUCUCAGUAUAAGAUACUGGUUUCGUUUCAAAAAAUUAUUUUCCACAUAAAAUGAAAAAAAAAUCACGUCAAGGCAUGGAUACGGUGUAAUGGGCUGCAUCUCCAGCAAAUGGCACAGAAUAACAUUAAAAUCAGUUUGUGAAACUAUAGCCAUUUUAAAGCCCACCCUCUUGUUUCCAUAGAAAGCAUUGUUUUAUUUUACACAGUUAAAUAUGGUCUGCCUGCUGAUGGCCAUGUGUUUCUGCUAAGAAUAUUGCAAUUAAAGAAUAAGCUAAAGUUACACACA